CUUGCAUUGAGUUUUGAAUUGCUCACUUUAACUAAGCCAAGAUGACAGGUCGUGGUAAAGGAGGAAAGGGAUUGGGAAAAGGAGGAGCUAAGCGCCAUCGCAAAGUACUUCGUGAUAACAUCCAGGGAAUUACUAAACCAGCCAUUCGUCGUCUUGCUCGUCGAGGUGGUGUGAAACGUAUUUCUGGUUUAAUCUACGAAGAAACUCGUGGUGUACUCAAAGUGUUCCUUGAGAAUGUCAUCCGUGAUGCUGUCACCUAUACUGAACACGCCAAAAGGAAGACAGUGACAGCUAUGGAUGUUGUCUAUGCUCUGAAACGUCAAGGACGUACACUCUACGGAUUUGGAGGUUAAACGUUGUUCUCAGCGAAUAAAAAUAAAAACCGGCCCUUUUCAGGGCCACCACUUGGUUACUACGUAAAAAUGAAAUUUUGCUAAUAACUUUUUUAGUUAUAAAUUAUAUGAGAUAUUCUAACUUAUUGGCUUAUGUGUACAUUCAAAGUAACUUUAAUAUGGCAUGAAUCAAUUUUCAUAAUCAUCGUAAUGCAUAUACGGGCAAUGUAUGUAUUUUUGCAUUAUAAAAUACAAAUUGGCAUUAUCGCUAUUUUCUAUUAAUCAAAGUGAUGCUUUAGGCAGACACAAAUAAAAGGUUAGAAUCCGAAAGUAGGUGGACAUUGUUAUCGUAAUGUUUACAAUUUUAGCUUAUUGAAGUUAACAUUCCCUUGCCUUCAGUGAAUAUCAUUCAAUUUGAAAACAACACUGCGCUUUCUAUAUAUUCAUACGGCCAAAAACAAUCAAUGUAAAAAAUUUUUGAUGUAAAGGAUCACUCAUGAUUAAAGGUGGAAAUAUCGAGAUAGACUUUUAUCGACCCCACAAAUUUCUGUAUAAAAUUCUUCGUAUCGUCAGGUCAAAUAACUUUUACAAAAUUUUUUUGUGUAUAUAAAUUUUUUAUUAGUCAACAGUAUGCUCCUUCAUUUCAUUUUUUCUUACUCUGACAAUAUCACAGUAAUAUUAGGGGUAUAAUGUAAAAUAUUCAAAUAAAAUUUUGACGUUUUUCAUACGUUGUAAUUACAGAUAAAGACCAUUUCAAAAAUAUAUUUUAUUAAAUAGCAAAAUAAAUUAUCAACGUUGUAAACGACGGUGGCAUAAUGCUUGGAUUAAAAUUAAUACAGAGCGCGAUGUUCCGUAAAAAACGUUAUGACGUUCGGUCGUCGUUCACGCAGCAGCAGCGAUGUACACAGCGCCGAGCC